AUGGAGAAAGUCAGCAUGCUCUCUGCAUUGAUCGCUCCCUUCAAGUACAUGAGCCCUGGGACCACCAGCACAGAGGAUGAGGACACUUUAAGCACCAGUAGCACUGAGGUCAAAGAGAAUCGAAAUAUUGGUAACCUAGAGGACUGCUGUUCUAUUGUCCCCGGCGACCGCCAAUCACUGUUCAAAUCGGACACAUCUAGAGGUGGGACUUCCGGUCUGAAGAGGAAGCGGCCGUUGGAGGAGGACAAUAACGGACACCUGUGCAAACUCCGUCUGAUCUACAAGAAACUGUUGUGGUCGGACUCACCAAAGAAUGCCCUGGUGCAGCUGAAUGAGCUGAGGCCAGGCCUCCAGUACCGCAUGGUAUCCCAGACCGGCCCGGUCCACGCACCCCUGUUCUCAAUCGCCGUAGAGGUGAAUGGCCUCACCUUCGAGGGCACGGGCCCCACCAAGAAGAAAGCUAAGAUGAGGGCGGCCGAGCUGGCCCUCAAGUCCUUCAUUCAGUUCCCCAACGCUCCUCAGGCUCACCUGGCCAUGGGUAACCAUGGCAACCCCUCUGCAGACUUUACCUCGGACCAGGCGGCAGACUUCCCAGACACUCUGUUUAAGGAGUUUGAGCCGUCGUCAUGUGGUGGCGUAGUCGGCGACAGCUUCUCCCUCUACCGGUCGGCGUCGGAGAAGAGCGAGCUGCGCCUCUCCAGCGCCCUCCGGCACGGCCGAUUACUUCGCCACACGUUGGACCUAAUGGUGCAGGCCAAGCAGCGGCUGGCAGGGGUCCCUGUGACCAUCCCCGCCGAGGCCCCCAAGACCCCUGUGGUGCUGCUCAACGAGCUGCGUCCAGGCCUGAGGUACGUGUGCCUGUCCGAGAGGACAGAGGGGCGGCGGGCGCGGAGCUUCAUCAUGGCAGUCCGCGUGGACGGGAGGAUAUUCGAGGGCUCUGGACGCAGCAAGAAGCUGGCCAAGACCCAGGCGGCCCAGUGCGCUUUGCAGGCCCUCUUCAACAUCAGGCUGGCUCCUGAGGGGAGAGGAGGCCUUAAACCCAGCAGGAAUAGAUGCCCUCAUUUGCCCCAGGACUUUGCCGAUUCAAUAUUCCGCUUGGUGAGGGAGAAAUACCACGAACUGGCAGACAGCUGCACCCCCAUGCAUGCACGACUCAGAGCCCUGGCAGGCAUCGUAAUGACCAGAGGUUUGGACCUGAGACAAGUCCAGGUGGUAGCGUUAUCUACCGGGACCAAAUGUAUCAAGGGAGAAUAUAUCAGUAACCAAGGACUGGUGGUCAACGACUGUCACGCUGAAAUCACAGCCAGGAGAGCCUUGGUUCGCUACCUCUACUCUCAGUUAGAGCUCUUCUUAAGCAAAAGGCGAGAGGACUGGGAAGAGUCGAUAUUCGUCCGGCACAAGGAGUCAGGGUACCGGUUGAGGGACAACGUCCAUUUCCAUAUGUACAUCAGCACGUCACCCUGCGGAGACGCUCGCCUCAACUCGCCCUACGAAAUCACCACAGACCUGCACAGCAGCAGACACCUGCUGAAGAAGUUCCACAGCCACCUGAGGACCAAGAUCGAGUCCGGGGAGGGGACCCUGCCUGUGAGGUCCUCCAGAGGGGCAGUCCAGACCUGGGAUGGGGUACUGCAAGGGGAACAGCUCAUCACCAUGUCCUGCACAGACAAGAUCACAAGAUGGAACGUCCUGGGACUGCAGGGGGCAUUGUUGAGUCACUUUGUGGAGCCGGUGUACCUCCACAGUCUGACGGUGGGCAGUCUCAGACACCCGGGUCACUUCAACAGGGUGAUGAGUCAGAGACUGGAGUGCCUCGGACCGCUGCCCGCAACUUACAGACGCAACCAGCCUCUUCUUAGUGGUCUGAGUGUCAGCGGUGAGUGUCGUCAGCCGGGGAAGUCUCUGUGUGUCAGUGUGAACUGGACUUGUGGGGACGGUCAGCUGGAGGUGGUCAACGCGGCUACGGGACGGAAGAGGGACUCUGGGACGCCAUCAAGGCUCUGCAAGCACGCUCUGUUCACCCGCUGGGCAAGGCUGUACCGCAAGUUGAGUAUCCAUGCUUCCGGGCCCGUGGACCAGCCACUGAUGUACUGUGAGGCCAAGAUGGCUGCCGGCUCUUACCAGACUGCCAAACAGCAGUGGCUCAGAUCGCUACAGGAGACAGGCCUGGGAACCUGGGUGAAGAAACCUCCAGAGCAGGAGAGCUUCCUGCUACAGGACUAA